AUGCUACCACUUACUAACCUUUUACGCGGGAACAACCGUGAGUUUUCUUUUCCUGACACAGCUGUAGAGGCUUUCAAUCGUGCCAGAAAGGCUCUUGCGGAUACAACUGCCCUUGUUCAUCCUAUACCUGAUGCCCCACUUUCCAUUGUGGCCGACGCCUCCAAUUUCGUUAUAGGUGCUGCCCUUCAGCAACAGACGCCCACUGGCACCCAGCUCUUGGCUCUCUACUCUGCCAAAUUGACACCCCCACAAACUCGCUAUAGCACUUUUGGUAGAGAACUUCUUGCAAUUUAUUUAGCCAUUAAGCAUUUUCGUAAUUAUAUUGAGGGCCGAGAUUUUCGUAUUUAUACUGACCACAAGCCCCUUACUUAUGCCCUCUCUACUUCUUCUGACAAGUAUUCACCCCGCGAGACCCGCCAUCUCGAUUUUAUUUCUCAGUACACCACCGACAUUCGAUUUCUUAAAGGCCUUUAUAAUCAAGUUGCUGACUGUCUUUCUCGGCCUGGCAUUAACGCCAUCAACCGCCCUUCCAUUGAUUUGGAGCGCAUGGCAGAACUGCAAAAUCAGCCGACUUUCAGUGAGAGCCUUCAACACACUAGUCUUCAACUCGAAGCCAUUCCUCUCUCCACCACCCCCGGUACAAUCUUGUGUGACGUAUCGCGCGGUGCCUCCCGACCCGUAGUGCCAAGCGAGAUGAGACGAGAUGUUUUUGCCGCGUUGCACAAUCUAGCUCACCCUGGCAUCCGCACUACCCAGCGCCUCGUCAGCGAGCGUUUCGUUUGGCCAAGCAUGAACACUGAUAUCCGCCAGUGGACCCGUUCAUGUUUGGCCUGUCAGGAGGCCAAAGUCGGACGGCAUAACAAAGCCCCCAUUGGCACUUUUCUCGCACCCGACGCACGUUUUUCACAUGUCCAUAUCGAUCUAGUAGGUCCCUUUCCAACAUCUCGUGGUUGUAACUACUUACUUACUGCGAUUGACCGAUUUACUCGUUGGCCCAUUGCAACUCCCAUACCUAGCAUAACUGCAGAUUCCGUUGCUCAUGCUUUUUUGGAACACUGGAUCUCUCAUUAUGCCGUCCCCUCAACUAUUACCACCGAUCGAGGUCAACAAUUCGAGUCUAGACUUUUUAGCAGCCUUACCAACCUCCUCGGAUGUUCUCGCAUACGCACGACAGCAUACCACCCCUCAUCCAACGGCUUAGUCGAGCGUUUCCACCGGCAACUCAAAGCCUCGCUCCGAGCUCAUGACAACCCUUCCCAUUGGAGCGAUCAUCUGCCUUUGGUCAUGCUCGGUAUCCGUACCGCACUCAAGCCCGACUUAGAGUGUUCCGCUGCCCAACUUGUCUACGGUACCACCCUACGGAUUCCCGUGGAUUUUUUCGGGUACCCUCAAAGCUCAGCCGACUUGGAUCCCAGCGACUAUAUGCAAAGAUUGCGCCAAGCCAUGACUCAUCUUCGAGCCACUUCUCCACGUCCUUCAACAAGUAAGUCGUACGUCGACCCGAACUUACUAACAUGUUCUUUUGUAUUUGUCCGCGUAGAUAGCAUUCGCCGGCCACUACAACAGCCCUAUGACGGCCCACUUCGAGUACUAUCGCGCAAGGACAAGCAUUUUACAAUUGACCGUGGAGGCCGCACCGACGUGGUCCCAAUCGAUCGCUUGAAGGCGGCUUACACCGAGCCUCUUUCAACUUCUCCAACCGAACAACCUCCACUUGGCACAUUGCCACUUGCUAUUUCCCAGACUCCAUUUACGCCCAAUAACCCCGCAUCUUCCCUUAACCCACAGACUCCUUCCCUUACUCGCAGCGGUCGUCAUGUCCGUUUUCCCGAUCGUUACCAACUUGUACAAUAUGCAUAA